AUGGGGCUUCAAUCAUUUCCGAUAUCUGAAAUGGACGCGACCGACGAUAUGCACGAAGCGAUGUUCGCGAAGCGCGGUUGUUGUUUCCUCCCACCAUUUCUUGGCUCAUCCCAGCCGUCUGGUCCCGGAGGAUCCGUUUGGUGGCAACGGAUCAGAACCGUCGAUAAACUGGAGCCCGACGAGCGUUGGUGGAUCUCCGGGUGGAACAAGAUGAGGGAGUGGUCCGAGAUCGUGGCGGGGCCCAAAUGGAAAACCUUCAUCCGCCGCGCUGGCCGCAAUCAUUUCUGCUGCGUCGGAGACAGCGGUUGUAGUCGGCCGGAUCAGGUUGGUUUCCGGUACGAUUCGUGGAGUUACUCGUUGAAUUUCGACGACGGUAAACAGACGGGACGGUUCGAGGACGACUUUCCUUACCGUGAUUACUCAAUGAGGUUCACGGCGCCGUCUCUGCCUCUCUCCACCAAAUGUUCCAUUGAUUUCGACAACGAUAGUAGCUACGCGCCGCCGCUGAUCAAGUAA